GAUGAGCUAUGCUCCAUUUGCGGUCCUCUGCGAUACGCUAUAAGAAUACAUGCUCAAUCUUUCUCUUUUCACUCGUGUCAGUUUGAGCCCUUUUGUUUGCCUUAGUACGACGAGAAACGACUGCCACAUACUGACAUCUUAACAGAACUUUUUUCGACUUGUAUGUAGUUAAGGAGUAUAAGUAGUAUGUACUGAAUUAGUUCUUCAUCGUAUUUGUAUCUGGCAAUACUUGUGAGCACCACUCUUUCUUUUCCAAGUAGUUGAAGUUAUAGGCGGUAGGUAAAAGAGCGAAAAACAACUUGCAAGAUGAUGAAUCCACCUCCAUGACGAGUGAUCGAUGAGUCUCAGUAACAAGUGGCACACUCGCGGAUCUUGUCUCUCCGGCUAUGAAGAAAGAGGGCAACAGGGAUGCACAAGCACACAUGCGUGCCAUUUGUAUCAAGACCAGACGAGUAGCACCCUCUUCGAGUUUGAAUCCUCUUAGUUCUUAUACAACCUUCAGACAAGAAGAAGAAGCGCAAAAUGAAAAUUAUGAAGAAGAAGAAGAAGAAGAAGAAGAAGACCACUACAACCAUGAUCUUUUUUCCUCGUCUUAUUCAGUAAUUAACUUCGAAACGCAUUUAGUACUCCCGUUGGUCUCGUCCUCGUUUUUAUCUGUUCAGGUCGACCUGACUACUUUCUUUCUUUGAUCUUCCGCCUGUUUAGAUUAUUCAUUUUCUAGUGCAGGGCUAGCUCUUAGUCUAUCUCCAUGAUUUAUCGCCGUCUAAUAUUUGCUCAAUGCUUGCUUGCUAGGCCUCCCAGUUGCCCUCCCAUUUUUCUCUCUUGUUGCUUGUUUAUAGAAGUAACUACUUGGUUGUUACUUCUUUUGAGGUAGUCCUCGGUCGUCCAUCUACUUGGUGUGCUAUAGCUGACAGGUUAGGCGUCCUUCCUGUCUCGUGGCAUUUCGUUCCUGUUUGUCGCUUGCUAAACCUACUCUUGAAUGCCCUGAUGUGCUGGAUGAAAGUCGCAAGAUGCUUUCGAAAAAUCUCACUGCACUGCUUUGAAAGAUCACAAAAAAACAUGCAAACGAAGAUUGAGCAUCAGAUCCAGCCGGCUCGUAGAGAGUGGCAGCUUGAU